UAGUGUCUGUGAUUGGACUCGGUCGCGAUUUCUCACACUGGGUGCGCAGGUGGUGGACAGACAUUGAUCGACUGAGCGACGAAGAGAACCCAAACGGAAAACAGGACCAACGAAUCAAAUCGACGUAAGGGGAAAUAAUUCUAGCUCCGUAUCGACACAAAGUUUGACCAAGAGACAAUUUACUUUUAUUGUGGAAUGAUUACGGUUAUUCCAGUGAAUGUGUAGAGAACGUUUAAUGUAGCAUAUUCCUGACAUCUCUAGACUUUGCACACUGUCUGCAGCCCAUAUCUUUGUAUAUCUGUCAAAAGUUUUGAGUUUUUCAAAGGAUGUAUUUCAUUAUCACGUUUUUUCAAACCAUGCUUUGGUAUCUGGCGUCUAUGUACUGAGAGACUCUUCACGGAACAACACGGAGCAGUGUUCUUUACAAAACAUACAUCAUUAUCCGGUGCCAAUUUCAACAUCGCUGGGAGGGGAGGCAAUUCAUCACGUAAAACUCCAACCACAAUCAGGAUCCCUACAGUUCAAAUUAACGUCACCAUCCAGAAUGGACUUCGUUUGGCUGUUCUUUCUCCAGCUGGCUCGUAUUGGGCUCGCUGUGUCUGCAGGGAAGGACAGAGACUGUCUACAGGCUGGGGACACUUGCUCCAGUGAUGAGGCGUGCAGCCCUCGCCUACGGACGCUGAGACAGUGUGUGGCGGGGGACGGCAGUGUGAAGCUGGGCCCCGGGGCCAGGAACCAGUGUGAGAACGCAGUCACGGCCCUGCUGUCCUCCCCGCUCAACGGCUGCCAAUGUAAACGAGGCAUGAAGAGAGAGAAGAACUGCCUCAGUAUCUAUUGGAGUCUGCACCAGUCUGUCGCGCAUGGACUGAGCCUGGUGGAGAGUUACCCUUACGAACCCGAAGAGAGGGGCUUCGACUACGUACGCCUGGCCUCCAUCGCUGCAGGUGCAGUUGGCAUAGCGACGGUGAACCGUUGCUUGGAUGCGGCGAAGACGUGUAACGUGGACGAGACGUGUCAGAAGCUCCGUACGGAGUACGUCUCGGCCUGCAUCCAGCCGUCGGCCCGCUCGGGCCCCUGUAACAGAGCCAGGUGUAACAAGGCUCUCAGGAAGUUCUUCGACCGGGUCCCUCCUGACUACACCCACGAGCUGCUCUUCUGCCCCUGCACAGACACGGCGUGCACAGAGAGACGGCGGCAGACCAUCGUACCAGCCUGCUCUUACGAAGACAAAGACAAACCCAACUGUCUGGCUGCGCUGCGACUCUGCAGGGCCGACUACGUCUGCAGGUCCCGCUGGGCCCAGUUCCAGUACGACUGUCAGCCCUCAGAGCACUUUGCCAGCGGCUGCAAACAGGACAACUAUGCAGCCUGCCUCCUGUCCUACACUGGCCUCAUGGGCAGUACGAUAACCCCUAACUACGUUGAUAACUCAACGUCUAACGUGGGUCCAUGGUGCUCCUGCUCGGCCUCCGGGAACCACCGGGAACAGUGUGACGACUUCCUGGGAUAUUUCCACGAUAAUGUCUGCCUGAAGAAAGCAAUGUUGGCGUUUGGGAACGAGACGGACAAGCAGUCCUCCACCGGAGCAGCCAACCAACCAGACACGCCCAGCUCCACUCUCGCUACCCCCAACAACCACAUCCAGCACCCGGCAACCACCGUCCCUGGUAUCACCAUGGAAACAAAACAGAAUGUCCUGAGAGAACAGAUUCCCACUCAGGUGAAUGAGAAGGAUAGACUGUGGGGUGAUGAUGGUGAAGAAUCCAACCUGAUGGACCAUGGAACUCCUCCUCUCCACCUGUCUGCAGUGAGCUGGACCCUUCCACUGGGCCUCUCGCUGCUGCUGCUGCUCGGAUACCAGUAGACCCUGGUCUGGGCCUGGCCUAGCUCUGGGGCUCCAUAGACUACACUUCAGACGGACUUACCUAGGGGUGGAGAGAGAGAGAGAGAGAGAGAGAGAGAGAGAGAGAGAGAGAGACAGAGAGAGAGAAAGAAAGAGAGAUGUAAAUGUGUAAAGGAAGAGGAAGGGAUUUUCCUUCUCUCCUCUUUACUCCGCCCUCCACAAACCACUCAUCUCUCCUCCUUACUCCACCCUCCACAAACCACUCAUCUCUCCUCCUUACUCCGCCCUCCACAAACCACUCAUCUCUCCUCCUUUCUCCACCCUCCACAAACCACUCAUCUCUCCUCCUUACUCCGCCCUCCACAAACCACUCAUCUCUCCUCCUUACUCCACCCUCCACAAACCACUCAUCUCUCCUCCUUACUCCGCCCUCCACAAACCACUCAUCUCUCCUCCUUACUCCACCCUCCACAAACCACUCAUCUCUCCUCCUUACUCCGCCCUCCACAAACCACUCAUCUCUCCUCCUUACUCCACCCUCCACAAACCACUCAUCUCUCCUCCUUACUCCACCCUCCACAAACCACUCAUCUCUCCUCCUUACUCCACCCUCCACAAACCACUCAUCUCUCCUCCUUACUCCACAAACCACUCAUCUCUCCUCCUUACUCCACCCUCCACAAACCACUCAUUUCUCCUCCUUACUCCACCCUCCACAAACCACUCAUCUCUCCUCCUUACUCCACAAACCACUCAUCUCUCCUCCUUACUCCACCCUCCACAAACCACUCAUCUCUCCUCCUUUCUCCACCCUCCACAAACCACUCUUCUCUCCUCCUUACUCCUCCCUCCACAAACCACUCAUCUCUCCUCCUUACUCCACCCUCCACAAACCACUCAUCUCUCCUCCUUACUCCGCCCUCCACAAACCACUCAUCUCUCCUCCUUACUCCACCCUCCACAAACCACUCAUCUCUCCUCCUUACUCCGCCCUCCACAAACCACUCAUCUCUCCUCCUUACUCCACAAACCACUCAUCUCUCCUCUUUACUCCUCCCUUCACAAACCACUCAUCUCUCCUCCUUACUCCUCCCUUCACAAACCACUCAUCUCUCCUCCUUACUCCACAAACCACUAAUUUCUCCUCCUUACUCCACCCUCCACAAACCACUCAUCUCUCCUCCUUACUCCACCCUCCACAAACCACUCUUCUCUCCUCCUUCCACCUCAUCUCUUUUGGUGACCUCACAGUAGAACCUCAUCUCUUUUGGUGAUCUCACAGUGGAACCACAUCUCUUUUGGGGACCUCACAGUGGAACCACAUCUCUUUUGGCGACCUCACAGUGGAAGCUCAUCUCUUUUGGUGACCUCACAGUGGAAGCUCAUCUCUUUUGGCGACCUCACAGUGGAACCACAUCUCUUUUGGUGACCUCACAGUGGAACCUCAUCUCUUUUGGUGACCUCACAGUGGAACCACAUCUCUUUUGGUGACCUCACAGUGGAACCACAUCUCUUUUCGUGACCUCACAGUGGAACCUCAUCUCUUUUGGUGACCUCACAGUGGAACCACAUCUCUUUUGGCGACCUCACAGUGGAAUCACCUCAUCUCUUUUGGUGACCUUACAGUGGAACCUCAUCUCUUUUGGUGACCUCACAGUGCCCCUGGAAAGGAAGAGAGGGUACCCCAUUUCCUCUACGAUCCUGAGAUUCUACCCCUCCAUAUACACACAGACAGACAGACAUGUUCGACUCUACCUAUCCUACACUAUGUACAGUAUAUGUAAGCUUCAGUGCAGGACUGAUUGUUGAAGGUGUUUUAAAAGUGUACAGAGGACAGAAAGAGCAGCUGUUUUCUCUGGGACACUCAGAUCGGCUGAACUCUCUGUCAGAACGGAGCGACCGGGUUCUAACAGCUCCAAAACAUUCACAACAUUCCUCCAUCAUGUAAUAUAUUAACGUUCUGAAGACUCUCCUCCGUCAAAACCAACUGUCCUGAUAGACACAGCAGCACAUUAUCAGAACAGAGAAUUAGCCUGCGUCUCAAAUGGCACCCUAUUCCCUAUACAGUGUACUACUGUUAAAUAGGGAAUAGGGCCCUGUUCAACAGUAGUGCACUCUAUAGGGAAUAGGGUUCCAUUUGGGACACAUUUUUAAACUCCGUCUUCAACCAAAGUCAACCUAAGUCAUAGUUUAAUCACUUUGUUACCAGCCACACUAAGUCAUAGUUUAAUCACUUUGUUACCAGCCACACUAAGUCAUAGUUUAAUCACUUUGUUACCAGCCACACUAAGUCAUAGUUUAAUCACUUUGUUACCAGCCACACUAAGUCAUAGUUUAAUCACUUUGUUACCAGCCACACUAAGUCAUAGUUUAAUCACUUUGUUACCAGCCACACUAAGUCAUAGUUUAAUCACUUUGUUACCAGCCACACUAAGUCAUAGUUUAAUCACUUUGUUACCAGCCACACUAAGUCAUAGUUUAAUCACUUUGUUACCAGUCACACUAAGUCACAGUUUAAUCACUUUGUUACCAGCCACACUAAGUCAUAGUUCAUAACUACAUAAGAGGAGAAUGUCUACAGCAUGCUGUUAAGUAACCUUUUACUAAACCGUUUGGUUCUGUAUAGUAAUGUAUAGUAAUGUUUAAGUUACAGACAUCGAGUAGAGCACCUUUCUGUUGUCAUGACAUUCUUUACAGGGUGAAAUGAAGAAGAUUGUAGUGUGUCCUUAAAAGCACCCUAUUCCCUAUAUAGUGUAGGGCCCAUAGAGUUCUGGUCUAAAGUAGUGCACUAUAUAGUGAAUAGGAUGCCCUUUGGGACCAGGUCGAGACUUGUACCUGGGAUUCCCUGAUAAUGUUGAUAUUGAAAGGAACUGUUUAAUAUGUUUAGAGAAAAGGUGAAUUACACAGUAAAUAUAUUUUUUACGUUUGUGGAUUUCACCACACCAAAAAAAAAAUAUAUAUAUAUAUAACAUGUUUUGCCAUGUGGAGAUCCUGGGGAAGACGGAUGAUAUGGAUGGUUCUUAGAGAGACUUUUCACACUUCCCAUGUCCCAUGUGUCAGCCUACCUCUCACAGGGAACCAUUCCCCACAUGGGACAAACAGAACAGAGAGCUUCUUUUCAAAAAGCACAGCUCAUAUUUGUGAGUCAGCCAUAUUUGUUAUCAUGUUUAAUAUUGAUACUAUAUUGAUACUAGUGAUGAGAGACAGCGGUUGGGUGGACGUGGUGAUCAGUGACUCAACUUUAAAAAACCUUUCCCCCCCCCAUAGCACAGAACACAAAAAGCACAAAAAACACAAAAAUAAAAAUAGCACAAAAAUCUGGUAAUUUUCCCCGAAAUUCCCAAAACUUCAUUUUGGAAGAUUCCUGGAAUCAGAAGGAAUUCAAAAUCCUCAAAGCAGGAUUUCAGGAAAACCUGAUCAUUUUGUCUCGUAGUCUAGUCAAGUACAGACUAAAACAGAAGCUCCUGGAAGCCUCUGGCUGCAUACAAAAUGGCACCCUAUACCCUACACACUGUAGUGCACUACGUCAGAUCAAAACCCUAUGGACCCUGGUCAAACGUAGUACACUAUGAAGUAAAAAGGCUGCCAUUUGAGAAGCAGCCUAAAACAGUUGAAUAUGUCCUGGAUAUGUCCUCAGUCUUCAUCACUAGUUAUUUUUUUGCCCUGUUCCGAUUGGUUUGUUGUGUGAUUAAAAAGAGAGUGAAUCAGUCA